AUGCCCUCGCAACCCCCUCAUUCAUCAGAGCUCGUCCUCGGCUUCCCCUCCCCCCACGUCCUCCUGCUUACCCUGAACCGUCCCGAUGCCCUCAAUUCGGUCACCGUGGAGCUCGCGGAUGAGCUGCGCACCGUACUCGAUUGGUUUGAGCGCGAGACCAAGCUGUGGGUUCUGGUUUUGACAGGGGCUGGACGCAUGUUCUGUGCUGGGGCGGAUCUGAAGGGGUGGGAUAGCCGUCUUGUCUCUGCUCCGUCGACCGAUCAGGCGGAUAUCAGUGCGAAUAAGUUUGGAUUUGCGAGUAUCUCUAGAAGACUCACUGCCAAACCUAUCAUUGCUGCUGUUAAUGGCGGUGCAUACGGUGGGGGGAUGGAGAUUUUGUUAAAUUGCGACCUUGUCGUCGCAGAUGAGAAUGCAAAGUUUGCUUUGCCGGAGGUGAGGAGGGGUGUAGGGGCUCUUCAAGGAGGUAUACCUCGGUUAACACAGAUUGCUGGACAUCAGCGAGCUAGUGAGAUGCUGCUCCUUGGUAAGACGAUUACGGCAAAGGAAGGUUAUGAGAGGUUCGGUUUUAUCAAUACCUUAACGCCUCCAUCUUCUGUCUUGCCGACAGCCCUCGGAUAUGCCAAGGAACUAGUCGAGAGAUGCUCUCCCGAUUCGGUACAAGCUACGAAGAGAGCGCUCAUUCUCGCUGAAGGCAGCAAUCGCUCCGUGUUGAAUGCAGCAUGGAGUUCAGAGAGUAGUGGGCUUUUCAUUGGCGGAGAAAACUUGAAGGAGGGCUUGAGGGCGUUUAUUGAAAAACGGCUCCCGGUAUGGCAGAACCCUAGCGUGAAUGCGAAGCUGUAGGCAUGUGCGCUGUAUGGGACUCGGGUUCUGAUUAUUAUUGACAUCUCAGUUCGAGGACGACUCCCUUACGGAGACUGAAUUGAUUCUAUCCUUUAUUGUUUCUUCUGUUACGGACUUGGAUUUCACUGCGCAGGAAUCCGCGCAAAGCGCCGAUAUCACCAUGGGGGAUAUAUGAAAAUUGCCCUGUAAGAUCGUCACUGUGGAAGACUAUUUCUGCUGUAUUUCGCUCUUGCUAUCAAUUAUCCUCGCCUCAGUUAUAGUUAUCAUAUACUCCGUAGGCCUCCUCCAUGGCACUGGUGGUGCAAAGCACAAUAUGGUAUUUCCUUCAUGGCGUAGAUACGAC